AUGGCGACCAAAGUCAAGCCCGUCAACGGCUGCUGGACAUGCCGCCUCCGGCGCAAGAAGUGCGACGAGGCCCGCCCCGUCUGCGGCGAGUGCAGGACGCUCGAGGUGACCUGCCACUUCCGCGACUCCAAGCCCGAGUGGAUGGACGGCGGCGACCGGCAGAACGCCAUGGCCGAGCGCCUCAAGGCCGAGGUCAAGCGCAGCGCGACCCGGCGGCGUAGCAAGCGGCACAUUGAAGCCCUGGCCCGGGGCAUGGAGGACGACGGCUUCAGCUUCAUGGAUGCGGCCGAGGCGGCGUCGAUGGAGACGCCUGCGCCGCCGACCACGACGGUGCAGCAGAAGGAUGAGAGUGUCGUGGCGCUGAUGACGCCGAGCGAGACGUCCAUGUCCAUGACGCCCUCGUCUCUUGGGCCUGAGAGUGUCGAUACCGGCGUCUUCGUGGACUCGCCGUUUGACAAUUCGACAUUUUCACACACCGAUGCGUCCGGUAUGUUAGAUCCCGUACUGAAUGCAACGUUCGAUGUCCCAGUCCGUGCAGCCACGACGACAGAUCAUCGUCCAACCAAUCCUGCUGCGCUACAAACACCCGACCCAACACUCAUCAAGGAGGAAGAUCAAUUCCUCGUCAUGACAUACCUGGAUUACGUCAUGCCCUUUCUCUUCCCUCUCUACAAGCCCAGCGUCGUCGAUGGCGGCCGCACCUGGAUGCUCGCGCUCCUGGUCAAGAACACAGGGCUUUACCACACUGCCCUGAGUUUGAGCGCCUACGUCUUCUCCACUGCGCUGUCAGCGCAGCACUCCGGACACGACCACUGCAAGGACGGAAGCUGGGAGUGUCUGCUAAAGCAAUCGGAGCUGUCCAUCAAGACGAUACAGCAGGAUGUAGAGCAGUUCAACCGCGAUGGCAUCCAAGACAGGCUUGUCGAGGGCGGACAGCUCAUGGGGAGCGUCAUGCAGAUGCUCACAUUCCAGAUGGGCUGCGGCUGCGGGGAGUACUGGCAGCCGCACAUGGACGCGGCCAUUGCGCUCUUUGAGCAGAUCUUUCAGCAUUACGGCACCGUCAAUGGCGUCCCGGACAUGAAGGUUGUGCUUGAGAAGAUGGGGGAGAUGUCAUGGCGGAAUGGACAUCCCAAGAACCAUACGGUGUGGGCGCCAGACCAAGCCGCGUUCUUGUUCUUUGGGUCCCUUGUGCUGGCAUAUGAUAUCAUCGCCAGCACGUCCUUGGAACAACCCCCGCGGUUACAAGCAUAUCACCAGCGUCUUCUCAUCGGCAGCGGGUGCCCGGACGACGAGCCGCUAGUCAAAUUGGAGAACUUCGUAGGCUGUCAGAAUUGGGUGCUCAUACUUAUUGCUGAACUCGACCGGUUCAAGCAAUCCAAACAGUAA